AGAAGUCACUGCGACUACUUUUGAGAGUCGGAGAGUGUAAGGCAGAGUGACUGUGAGUGUGUGUGUGUGUGUGUGUGUGUUGCGAUGCUUACGGGGGAGCCACAGCAGGUGAGGUUACAGGGUUCAGACUGUUGGCUCACGCUGCCCUGUGCGUGUACUCUCUCUGCAGUCUAUUUGGAUUUGGGACGAAGAAAAAAUGAGGUUUGUUGGGAUCCUUUGCGGCAGUUUUAAAUGCCUGGGGCUUGUUAGUGCGCUAUGUUGCGAAGGGGGAUGUUAAGUGCCCCAGGAGUGGGGAAGGAGCAUUCUCUAACCACUUAAUUUUCUUUCCAGCCCCUGUCUGGAGGUGGAAGGAGGACUACUGAGGGGUGGGAUAGCUCAGUAUUUCUCUGAAAGGUUUCCUGGGCCAGUCUGGAUGGUUUCACGGGCAAUAUAUACGCCCGACCCUCUACUGCAGGGAUGCAGAUCUCGUUACACACUCCGUGCGUGUGUGUGUGUCUGUGUGUGAGCCGCGCACGCCGUGUGGAAGUGGGGGUCCCAGCUUGUGUCUCCGUGAACACGCUUUUGUGUCCCUCUCCAAGGAAAACGACUGUUGAUCCUGGGACGUACCCUACCAGACUGUCUUGAGUUCUUCUUGAAUUGCCAGUUUUCAGCCUCCUCAUGCCUCCGUCUCCCUUAGACGACAGGGUAGUAGUGGCACUGUCUAGGCCCGUCCGACCUCAGGAUCUCAACCUUUGUUUAGACUCUAGCUACCUUGGCUCUGCCGCCCCAGGCAGUAACAGCCACUCUCCUGUCAUCGCCACCACCGUUGUGUCCCUAAAGGCUGCGAAUCUGACGUAUAUGCCCUCAUCCAGCGGCUCUGCCCGCUCCCUGAAUUGUGGAUGCAGCAGUGCCAGCUGCUGCACUGUGGCAACCUACGACAAGGACAAUCAGACCCAAACCCAAGCCAUUGCCGCUGGCACCGCCACCACCGCCAUCGGAACCUCUACCACCUGCCCUGCCAACCAGAUGGUCAACAACAAUGAGAAUGCAGGCUCUUUAAGUCCAUCAGGUGGGGUGGGCAGCCCUGUGUCAGGAACCCCCAAGCAGCUAGCCAGCAUCAAAAUAAUCUACCCCAAUGACUUGGCGAAGAAGAUGACCAAAUGCAGCAAGAGUCACCUGCCAAGCCAGGGCCCUGUCAUCAUUGACUGCAGGCCCUUCAUGGAGUACAACAAGAGUCACAUCCAAGGAGCUGUCCACAUUAACUGUGCAGAUAAGAUCAGCCGGCGGAGACUGCAACAGGGCAAGAUCACUGUCUUAGACUUGAUUUCCUGUAGGGAAGGCAAGGACUCUUUCAAGAGGAUCUUUUCCAAAGAAAUUAUAGUUUAUGAUGAGAAUACCAAUGAGCCGAGCCGAGUGAUGCCCUCCCAGCCACUUCACAUAGUCCUCGAGUCCCUGAAGAGAGAAGGCAAAGAACCUCUGGUGUUGAAAGGUGGACUUAGCAGUUUUAAGCAGAACCAUGAAAACCUCUGUGACAACUCCCUCCAGCUCCAAGAGUGCCGGGAGGUGGGGGGCGGCGCGUCUGCGGCCUCGAGCAUGCUACCUCAGUCCAUCCCCACCACCCCUGACAUCGAGAAUGCCGAGCUCACGCCCAUCUUGCCCUUCCUGUUCCUUGGCAACGAGCAGGAUGCUCAGGACCUGGACACGAUGCAGCGGCUGAACAUCGGCUAUGUCAUCAACGUCACCACUCACCUGCCCCUCUACCACUACGAGAAAGGCCUGUUCAACUACAAGCGGCUUCCGGCCACCGAUAGCAACAAGCAGAACCUGCGGCAGUACUUUGAAGAGGCUUUUGAGUUCAUUGAGGAAGCUCACCAGUGUGGGAAGGGACUCCUCAUCCAUUGCCAGGCUGGAGUGUCCCGCUCUGCUACCAUCGUCAUCGCUUACUUAAUGAAGCACACUCGGAUGACCAUGACUGAUGCUUAUAAAUUUGUCAAAGGCAAACGACCAAUUAUUUCCCCAAACCUUAACUUCAUGGGGCAGUUGCUGGAGUUCGAGGAAGACUUAAACAACGGGGUGACACCGCGAAUCCUUACACCAAAGCUGAUGGGCGUGGAAACGGUUGUGUGACAAUAGUCUGGAUGGAAAGGAUUAUUGUUCUCCAUUUGGAGAUGAAGAGGAAGGAUGGAUUCUUUCUUUUCAUUUUUCCUUUUUUAGAUGGGGGGUAAAGUUUGUGAACGGAAACAAACUUGUUUAAAAACUUUUUAUUUUUAACAAGUGUGAGAAGAAUUUAACUUUUGAUGCCAUUGAGAUUUACUUCCCAAGAACUGAUAAAGCAGGGAGGCUAAAGAAGUAAUUUUUUUAAGCCAACAAUAAAAAUAUAAUAAAACUUG